AUGUCAACAUCACUCUUGCCUCUUGGUGAGGGACCAAAAGUGAUUGUAUACCACCAGACUCAUCAUGGCCCGAAUGACGGGCCGCCAGUCUCUCUGCUCCCUCUUAUCACAAACUCGACCGGGGUGACGCACGUCAUUAUAGCAGCAAUUCAUCUGAACGACCCUGCCGGCAACAUUACUCUCAACGACAACCCGCCCAACCAUGAGAAGUUCAAUACCCUCUGGAGUGAAGUCGCAUGGCUUCAAGCGAGCGGAGUCAAGAUCUUGGGAAUGCUCGGCGGAUUCGCGAAAGGCUCUUACGAACGUCUCGAUGGAGAUGACCUGGAAAGGUUCGAGUCUUAUUACGUGCCCCUCCGAGACAUGAUACGGCAUCACCGCCUGGAUGGUUUGGAUCUCGAUAUCGAGGAGCCUACAAGUCUACCAGGUACAAUAAGACUCAUAGACCGUCUGCGAGCUGAUUUUGGACCGCACUUCAUUAUCACUUUAGCACCAGUGGCGACAGCUUUACUGCCUAAUCAACCACACCUGUCCGGACCGGCAUUCGACUACAGACUUCUAGAGCAGAUGCGAGGCCAUGAGAUUGCAUGGUAUAAUACUCAAUUCUAUUGCGGCUGGGGUGACGCAUCUUCCACGGCGUGGUACGAUGCCAUCGUGAGCAUGGGAUGGAACCCCAGUAAAGUCGUGAUGGGUCUCAUGACGAAUCCUGCUAACGGACCAGGGCAUGUGGAAUGGCCUCGACAAGAGCCUGUGCUCAGAGCACUUCGUCAAAAGUAUCCUACUUUCGGAGGCGUCAUGGGCUGGGAGUACUUCAAUUCUUUGCCCGGAAAUCAUGCUCGACCUUGGGAGAUUGAGAACAUGACAAUUGUGGCGAGGAGUGCAGCUCUAGGGAAGAGAGGUGCAUAG